AUGCUCACCACAACAGGAAACAUUAUCAUCAUUUUCUUAAUAUGGACAAAUAAUCAUCUUCAAACCCCAAUGUACUUCUCCCUCAGUAAUUUGUCAUUUUUGGACAUUUUGUUCACAACUACCAUAGCCCCAAAGUUACUAGCUUGUCUCUUAGAAGAGAGAAAAACCAUAUCCUUUUCUGGCUGCAUCACUCAAACAUACUUCUAUUUCUUCCUGGGGACAGUAGAGUUCAUUCUUUUGGCUGUCAUGUCCUUUGACCACUAUGUGGCCAUCCGUAACCCCCUGCACUACACCAUCAUCAUGAAUAGUAGAGUCUGCCUCCUGCUGGUUCUGGGCUGCUGGGUGGGAGCCUUCCCAUCAGUGCUAUGUCCAACUAUUGUGGUGUCCAGGCUGCCAUACUGUACUGAAGAAAUUAGUCACUUCUUCUGUGACAUCACCCCUCUGCUACAGGUGGCCUGUAUUGAUACUUGUUUCAUUGAGAGGAUAAACUUCCUCUUAUCUUCCCUUGUGGUUUUAAGUUCUCUGGUGCCCACCACUGUGUCCUACACCUACGUCAUCUCUACCAUCUUGCACAUCCCCUCAACCCAAGGACAGCAGAAGGCCUUUUCCACCUGUGCUUCUCACAUCACUGUUAUCUCCAUUGCCUAUGGGCGCUCUAUCUUCAUGUAUGUGAGACCCAAUCAGAGCUAUUCACUAGAUUUUGAGAAAGUGACUGCUGUUCUCACUACAGUAGUGACCUCUUUUCUGAAUCCCUUCAUUUACAGCUUGAGAAACAAAAGGUAA